AUGGUUUUCAAGGGACACUCGAACUAUUUACACUGUCUUGUUGCCCUCAACUUGUGCAAUCAGAUCAUAGCUGGUUCAGAAGAUGGCACAGCCCGGAUAUGGGAUUGCAGAAGUGGAAAGUGUAUCCAAGUAAUUGAUCCAGGAAAGGAUAAGACAUCAAAAGAAUCAGUUCCAUGUGUCAGUUGCAUUGCUCUUGAUUCAAGUGAGAGCUGGUUGGCUUGUGGAAAGGGCCGGUCUUUAUCACUUUGGAACCUUUCAUUUUAUGAAAGCAUUUCAAUGAUCAGAACAAAUUCAUCAAUCCAAGAUGUUAUAUUUGAUGAUAAUCAAAUUUUAGCAGUUGGUACUGCACCAUCACUUACUCGAUUUGACAUGAAAGGAGAUAUUCUUUCACAGAUACAUUGUGCUCCUCAAUCUGUGUUUUCUGUUUCUCUGCAUCCUUCCGGGUUUACCGCCGUGUCUGGUUAUGGAGGACUUGUAGACAUCAUAUCACAGUUUGGAAGCCACCUAUGUACAUUCCGUGGCAAAAGUCUACAAGUGGAGUCUCAUUGUGGCCGGAGACAGAUGAAUUGUGGCUUCCUGGAUUAUUUCAGUUACACUGUGAGAUGCAGCAGUGCUAUUUUUGAAUCUGCUGUUGUUCUCUGUGACGAUCUUGGAGUUGCUGGAGAGUUCGGAAACGACGCCGCGAUCGCCGGGAUGCAAAACAAUGACGAUAACCGUACAAUUCGGACUAGACCGGCAGCCGCUGUUGAGAAAAUACCGGAGUCUGAUUUUAAUGCGGUAAAUGAAGACUCGGAGAAUAUUAAUGAGAUCAGAAAUGGCUGUGGUGGUGUCGUGGAAUCGGAGGAGAGUGAAGAGUUGAUAAAUAACAAGGAGGUAGAGGAUAAAAAAAUCAAAGAGAAUGGAGAGAGUAGUAAAGGGAUGGAGGCAUCCGCCGUGAAAUUCUCUUACCGGCCAUCAGCACCAGCUCACUGGAGAAUUAAAGAGAGUCCUCUCAGCUCUGACGCCAUCUUCAAACAGAGUCACGCAGGUCUCCUCAACCUUUGCAUAGUGGUUCUUGUUGCUGUGAACAGCAGACUUAUUAUUGAAAAUUUAAUGAAGUAUGGCUGGUUGAUCAGGUCAGGCUUUUGGUUUAGUUCAAAGUCACUGAGGGAUUGGCCACUACUAAUGUGCUGUCUGAGUCUCCCAAUUUUUCCACUUGCGGCUUUUCUUGUUGAAAAGAUGGUGAGACGUAGGCAUAUGUCUGAACGUGUUGCUGUCUUUCUUCAUGUUAUAAUAACUACAGCGGAAAUCUUGUAUCCAGUUAUGGUCAUUCUUAGGUGUGAUUCUGCUGUUCUAUCAGGUGUCACAUUAAUGCUCUUGACUUGCAUUGUGUGGUUAAAGUUGGUGUCUUAUGCACAUACAAAUUAUGAUAUGAGAGCACUUGCAAAGUCACUUGACAAGGGGGAAACCUUGUCCAGUUAUUGGAAUAUGGAUUACACUGACGACGAGAGCCUUAAGAAUUUGGUAUACUUCAUAGUUGCCCCUACAUUAUGUUACCAGCCAAGUUAUCCCCGUACAGCUUGCAUCCGGAAGGGUUGGGUGGUACGCCAACUGAUUAAGUUGGUGAUAUUUACAGGAUUCCAGGGAUUUAUUAUAGAACAGUAUAUCAACCCUAUCGUGCAAAACUCUCAACAUCCUUUGAAAGGGAACCUUUUGUAUGCUAUAGAGAGGGUCUUGAAGCUUUCAGUCCCAAAUUUAUAUGUGUGGCUCUGUAUGUUUUAUUGUUAUUUCCAUCUUUGGCUAAAUAUACUUGCUGAACUUCUCCGCUUUGGUGAUCGUGAGUUCUACAAAGAUUGGUGGAAUGCAAAAACAGUUGAGGAGUAUUGGAGAAUGUGGAAUAUGCCUGUUCACAAAUGGAUGGUCCGACAUAUAUAUUUCCCAUGCUUAAGGAAUGGGAUACCGAAGGGAGGUGCGGUUUUGAUUUCCUUCCUCGUAUCUGCUAUUUUCCACGAGCUGUGUAUUGCUGUUCCUUGCCACAUGUUCAAGUUGUGGGCAUUCAUUGGAAUUAUGUUUCAGGUUCCUCUGGUUAUUGUAACGAAUUAUUUGCAGAACAAGUUCAAAAAUUCAAUGGUGGGAAACAUGAUGUUCUGGUGCUUUUUCUGCAUUGAUUCAGCAAUCCGAAUUGAACCAACUCCACCCGCUUCCUAUGCCAUGAUACACCUCCUUUAUGGUCGUACGGGGAAGACCAUACGGUCUCUCCUUGUGAAGACAUUUUACUCAGUUUAUGUAUCCCGAGAAGCCAUUCUCGUCUGGACUGUGUUUCCCGAGGAUUGCUGCUCGAGAAAUAACUUAGGCAUCCUCUUAAACUUCAACACAUCCUGA